ACAAUGCACAAUAGCCUAAGGAAGCCAUGCAUGCCAUUCUCAGUCAUCACGUUCUGUUCAUGACACCAGAUGUUUCUUGUCGUCAGGACGGUUCUCGUAAUUCUUCUGUGAACUGCUCCUGCCAAAGGAGAAAUGAGCUCACUCUGGCCUUACACAGCAGAGCUCAACAGAGGGAUUCCUUCUAUCACCUUGGGAAGAAUAUUCCAUUGUGGCAUCAUGGUUACCAUGGUGUUGCCAAGCAAACGUCUGGACAUGGGGACUUAGGAGGAGCCAGGAUGAAAAGCUUGCCUGUUCCCUAAACUUGGCAGGGCUAUUCUGGAAGCCUGGCUCUCCCCCUGUCUGGCUGAGAAGACAUUCCUCUCACUAGAUCAUAAAGUCCUGUCCCGUUGUGGCCGUGGUCCGUCUACCCCUCAGCACCUGCCCUGUGUCUACACGAAUUUGUCAGACUGGACAGAAGAAGCCCACAGCCAGGCCCCUCGACUUGCAGGUCCAAGCGAAGCUACCAGACCAGCUCUUCCAAACCGUACGCCAGAUGGGACCUGCACUCCAGCCACUGCGAGCAGCUUUGCUUUCAGCACAAAUGCCAGGACUCGAGAAAAGUGUUCACAACGUCAUGAAAGAGACACCGUGGAUUCAUCCCUGUCACCUCACUGAGACGGACAGAAGGACAGGAAAUUGUCAACUCAGAAAACCCAACUGGCAGUUGGGGGAUGGGGAAGAAAUGAGGAAACUGAGGCUCAGGAAGCUUAAGACCAAGACCCUGACCCAGGUCUCUGUUACUUCGAGUCCUGGGCUCUUAUCCGCUCAGGGACGUGAGAAUCAUCUGUGGACAUGUGUGUCCUCUGCAUGGAAACGUGAGAUUCCCGAGGGAGAGACUGUGUCUCAUUUGCCCUUAUGUUCUAGGGUCAAGCACAGGGCCUGGUGCUCAAGCACAAGGCGGGGAGGGAGAGGAGGGGCAAGGAGGGCGAGGGUCUGGGGGGGUCGUCAGGGAGGGCUGGGCUCUGGCGUCUCUGAGCAUGCAUUUUUUCGUUCAUCCGCCAAAUGCUUCUUGAGCACCUGCUCUGUGCUGGACGCAGCUCUAGAUGCACCGACCAAGCCAAGUCCCUGCCUGCUGAGCACACCUUCUGGCAGUGAAGACAAAAAAGAAAACCACGAGGGGCGAGAUACAGUGUCCACCACAAGUGCCAGGAAGAACGCACGUGGCCGUUGCGGGAUGCGGGGUGCGCCUUCCCUCUGGAUGGGCGUCAGGACAGGAGGCUGCUGUGCGGAGCGGAGGCUGUGGGCUGCCGGCUGGCAGCGGGGUCCCAGUUAGGAGCUGCUGCGGCAACCCUAGGGAGAUGGCAGGGCUCAGAGCAAGGAGGGAGGGGGUUUAGUGAGAAGUGGUGGGAUUUGAGAUAUGUUUUGAAAGUAACACAGCAAAAGGGACCUAAAAACGAACUUGGCCUGGUUCUUCACCAUCACACACUCCUAGGGGAAAAAAAGAUUUCUUUUUCAUUUAAUAAUGUCUUUGAUGAAGCCAUUACAAUUAUCAAUUAUAUUAAAUCUUGGCCUUUGAGUACAUGCUUUUUAAAAUAUUCUGCCUGAUGAAAUAGGAAGUCAGCAUGCAACAUUUCUCCUGCAAACCUGAGGACCAUGGUUAUCGCAAGGAAAAGCACUUCAUGGUUGAGUUACCAGCCAAACUAGCCCCUGUGUGUAUUAUGGAGCAUCAUUUUUACUUGGAAGAAUAACUUGCUGACUGUGGUAAUUCAGACUUGAGUGUUUGGCAGACAUUUUCUUGAAAAUAAAAGAAGGGAGCCUGUCCCUUCAAGGAAAACUGCUGAAAUAUUUGUUGGCAAUCAUAAAAUUUGAGCUUUCGAGUGGAAAAUUAGCAAUUGGAAAACUUGUAUCGAGCACUGUGAGCUUGACAGCUUCCCAACACUUGAAUACUUUUCUGAUGACAUUGGUGGUGAUAUUAACGAACAUGAUUUUUAAAUCUUAUAUAACGAAAACACUUGGAAACUCUGCUAAAAGCAAAAAAAGAAUAUUUUCCAAAUGACCAAAACAUGGUGUUACAAAAUCAUGGAUGGGUGAAAGAUCCAUGCAAAGAGCAAUCCAUUUAUGUUUAAAUGUAUUGAAAUAUAACAAAGUACAGAAAAUUCAUCGUUACAGUUUCAGAUUCCACACUGCAACUAACCUUUAAGGGAAAACUAUCAAUUGUUAAGUUUUGGUAUAGUAUCAAAGAAGGAUGCCUACAAUUAUCUAAAAAGGCCAUUACAAUAUCCUACUUUUUCCAACUGCUUAUCUGUGGGAGGUCAAAUUUUCUUCAUCUACUUCAACAAAAAUAACAUUGCAACAGCUUGAACACAAGCAGAUAUGAGAAUUCAGCUGUCUCCUAUUAAGCCAGAUAUUUAAAGAGAUUUACAAAAAUGUACAAUAAAGCCACUCUUCUCCCAAAUGUGU